AUGAAACUUUAUACUAAUAAAGUUAAAAGUCUUGAAAUUGAUGAUGUUUCUAGAAAAAAGUAUAAAGUACUGGACGAGACCGGAGGCCGAACUCAGGUUCUGAUAUCCAGGCUGCCCCACAGGAUCAUCAAGGAAACCCAGCGUUUGCUGGCAGAGCCAGUUCCUGGCAUCAAAGCAGAGCCAGAUGAGAGCAACUCCUGCUAUUUUCAUGUGGUCGUUGCUGGCCUUCAGGAUUCCCCCUUUGAGGGAGGGACUUUUAAACUUGAACUAUUACUUGCGGAAGAAUACCCAAUGGCAGCCCGUCAAGUACGUUUCAUGACCAAAAUUUAUCAUCCAAAUGUGGACAAGUUGGAAAGAGUAUGUUUAGAUAUUUUGAAAAAUAAGUGGUCCCCAGCCCUGCAGAUCCGCACAGUUCUGCUAUCGAUCCAGGCUUUGUUAAGUGCUCUCAAUCCAGAUGAUCCAUUAGCAAAUGAUGUAGCGGAGCAGUGGAAGACCAACGAAGCCCAAGCCAUUGAAACAGCUAGAGCAUGGACUAGGCUAUAUGCCAUGAAUAAUAUUUAA